AUGGUCCUGCUACGUCCUGUAAAGCGACUCGUGCGCCGACUACUCAGGCCAGCUACCCUCGGCACCGGUAUCGGCGUGCUUGCAGGAUGCGUGCUCUUUCUCUAUCUCAUGCUGGCCUAUCGUGUGGCCGAUGACCCGCGUCUCGUUCCUGAAUCAUUUCGACAUGCGCGUCGCCCAAUCUUGAUUACCGCCCAUCCGGAUGAUGAAACCCUAUUCUUUAGCCCUAGUAUUUUGUAUCAUCGCCAUGAGCCUCAUGUCACGCGCUCAUUGCUGGUGAUUUCGUCGGGGAAUUUCAAUGGUCUCGGUGAAAAGCGCCAAGCCGAGAUCCACAGCAGUUGUGCUGCCCUGGGCAUUUCUCAGGACCACUGUAUAGUCUUGGACAAUCCUGAAUUACAGGAUAACCCCAAGAAAUGGUGGGAUGAGAAACUGAUUGAGAACAUCAUCAAGCCAUACCUGGAGAAAUGGAAUAUCGAUCUGAUCAUGACAUUUGAUCAGGGAGGAAUCUCGGGUCAUAUCAAUCAUCGAGCAGUCAGUGCUGGUGUCAGGGACUAUGUCACUACACACCCAGAUGCACCCCCGGCGUAUGCGCUGGAGAGUACCUGGCUCUUGCGCAAGUACUCCUCAUUACUGGACCUUAUCCCCACUGCGAUCCCCUUCUUGUGGAGGCUUGCCACAGCCCCGUUGAUGCCAGUCACCAGUCCCAAGAUUGUGGAUCGAUCGUUGAGCCUGGGCAUGACCAAAGAGCGGGUUCUCUUGGUGAGCUCGUGGAAGACGUAUUGUGAGUCUCGACAGGCAUUUGGUCAACAUGAGAGUCAGUACUCAUGGGACAGAGUAUUGUACCUGGUCAUCAGCCGUUACAUGUGGUUCAAUACCCUUGAGCGGAUUCAAUAG